AUGCCCAGCACGCACAUUGGUCCUUGGGAGACCCUGAGCAAGGCGCUGCUUGAGAUGUUACGGCUUGUCGCGAAGGUGUUUGGGGAGGUGCAGAUAGUUGCGGUCGCGAUGAUGAAUGUCAUUGACACGGCCACCGCCGUCUUCGUGUUGAACACGUCCAGGGCGCAGGGACAAUCCGGCGAGCGCAACAUGAAGCAAAUUCUACCGGACGGACAUUGUUCAUGCGUGGUCUCGUAUACAUGGACUGGGCAGCUCGACGCGGACAUUCCUUCCUUCACACCACAUUUGGACAAAAUACUCGUCCUUUUCGAGUUGAGCCCACAGUACUCCCUGAUACUAUUCCCUGCAGUUGCGCACGUCGAUAUUUAUGAAAGUAAUAUGGAUGCAUUUCCUUCGUGGAAAUGGCAUGGUGUUGGUGUGGGCGAGCACAAAUUUCGCUGCGGUACAGGAAGGAGCGGAUGA